CAUUGUUUCACUUAAAUCAAAGAUCACAUCACUCAAUUGAAUUCAUCUCCGGUUUGUUUCAUGAAUCUCUAGUACUCUUCCCCAUGGAUGAGACGCCAUGGGAAUCAAUUCCAUUUCCACCAAAUUCUUGGCCGAAUCAAUGGACUUUCUCGAGAAAACACUUUCCUAUCUAUCCUCUCUCUCCUCGGACCCUCUCUUCUCAACCAUCGUCACUCUAUACACUCUACUCCUCCUCUACUUCCCUGGCCAUUUCCUGAGAAUCGUUUUCUCACCAGUAGUGAUCUCAACUGCAAUUCUAUUACUCACCCUUCUCAGAUUAGGACCAAUCCGACAAAGGGUCGAAAAGGAAUUCAAUUCUACCGAACCAAAACAAGCCCAUCAUCACGAUUCAACAGACGAAGAUAGCAAAUGGGUAUCGAUGGAAUCAAAUUUAGAGUCGAAAAUCGAAUCGGGUUUGUGCUCGGAUUCCGAUUCGAACGCGUUUCACGCCGAUUCGUUCGUCGAAUGGAACGUGAGAGGAGCACCAUUGGAGAUCAUACACGAAGAGCACGAAGGCGAAGAAGAAGAACAAAACGACGUCGUUAAAACAGAGAAAUACCCGUCGUUGUCUCUGUAUUACCCGGAAACCGACUCUGAUAGCUCGUCGGCCGGCGAUUUUCCGGCGGUCGGAGAGUGGGACUCGCCGGAGGACGAAGAGGAGAGAGAAGGCUUGAUAGAGAUUGAACUAGAUGGGAAACAGUUUCACGUCGAAGAAGACAAUCUGAUAGAGAUUGAUAUAUCUCCGGCGAGACUCCGAUGAGUUUUCCUGCGAUAUUCCGGUGUUUUUUUUCCGGCGAGGCUUAGGUUAAAUUAAGCUUGUUUAACUUAAGAUAAGUUUGAGAGAUUACCGUUGUAUUAC